ACCACUUUCCCGCACAACACCAGACUUCCGGCCAUCUCGUCGCAGUCCAAAACUGUCCUUCAGCUUUGGAACCAGUGAGCAAACCAGCAUUUUUGUACUUCCAACUCGAAUCAACAACUGCCUGGUCUAGCCGAACUACUAUGGCACCGCCUGCAGCUCCGAAAAUGGAGGAAAUCCCUCAAGCCGAUUCCUUCAGUAAAUAUCUUGCGGAAGGUGCCCAAGACCUACCCCGCUCGAGCGACCUGUUUGAGAGCAGACACGCCUGGAGCUAUCGCGUUCGCGACGAGCUUGAGGACGAGCUCGAGCGCGAGUGCCGCGACGCCAACAAACACAGAUCCGACCGAUCCAAAAAGUCACAUCCCAGCGCCGGCGUAGAGGAUGAACACCAAGAGCCCAAGAUCGUGUACGGACAGCGCCGCAAGCGCGAAGACGACAGCGAGGAGGAAGAAGCCGCCGCGGAGCGAUUCACAAAGCGCCGCAACGUCAACGUGGACCCGGAGAAGCGCCCGUCGCAGCCACUCUCAACCUCGUACCAGUCCCACGCGCUUCCCCAGGCAAAUCCUCAAGCGGCUACCCAAGCGCCCACCCAGACGACUGCCCGACCCGUCCACCCGCACAAGUUCGCCCUCACCGACAACGGCCCUUGGUACCAGGCCAUCUACAACGAGGUCUACAAGAAAGUCUACAGCGAGAUCUACGACGAGGCCUACUCCAAGGCGUACAACCUAGCUUACAACGAUGCCUUCAAGGACGGCUACGAACAUGGCAACGCUGACGGCUGUCAUGAUGGCAACAACCGUGGAUUCGAGGACGGAUACCGCCAUGGAUACAAGGAGUCGUAUCGGAUCUGCUAUGGGGAGGGCCAGGAGAAUGCGAGGGAUAUGAUGAGCAGCGACGAUGAUGAGGAGGAUGAGUAAGGAGAGUCGACGGUUAGUGAUGUGGAGGAAGGAUCUGAGAGUUCCGAGGACGAGGAGUAGGAGAGGAGGUUUGGGAACAGCAUCGGCGACGGAAGUCAUCCCUGCCGACCGGUCAGUUAUGUGACAACAUCUCGGCGGCACCGGAAUAGCCACAAGCUACGAGGGUCAUUGUCCUUUUCUCAGCAACACCCAAGGAAGUCGGGUUCUACAACUGAUGUCCCUGUACUGGUAUCGCAAUGGCCGGCCAGGCAUUUAAGGUUCAGAUGAGGGGGUGGCGGUCGAUUCACACUAGACGCCCCGCUGGAUGAAGGCUUGGAAUCACUUACUGGAUGUAACUUCGCUAAAAAGGACAGGGUAUGGGUUUAUGGCGCAUCAAUCAUUGCUGUAGGAAAGGACUGAAGAUGACGAGACAAGACGUUGCCGUAUUGCUAGCUAGUCUAAACUUGCCUCGCGUGUAUUAUAGAGGUAGUAUUAUGAAGUUGAUCC